AUGAUAAAUAUAUGCCAUCCAAUGAUCCAUGGAAAACCGCCUGCGAAGAAAUCCUUUCCUGCAAAGAAUCAAGGAGACGUCCUCCACAAGGAAGAAGUUGAGGCGAUGGGAAUAGAGAACAAGCCAGACUACAAUCAGAACAUCAUUGAAUCAUCGAAUCUCUCUGUGGAUCAGCUCUGUGAUAUGAUCACUGUGAUCGAAAAGAGCAUUACCGGUGAUGUUUCUGAAGUCGAAAAACAUCAGCUGGAGCCUGAAAAGGAUGACUCUAAGAAAAAAGGAUGCAGCAGGACUGCUUACGAAGACAUAAUGUCCUUCCUGACGAAACUUGAAGAGGGCUCUCUGGAUGAAACGAAGGCGAACGUACCAGAAGUGGACCCUGAAAUGCUUCAGGAAGUCUUCGUCAAGUCACAGACGUUCAUUUAUGGCAAUUGCAAUGGAGUGGUUCCUGUGGGGAUUACGAAUCACGCUUUUGAGGAGGACUUGGCCACAGCUCGACUACGGCUGGAAGAGCAAGAAGCUACGAUAACAUUGUUAAAGGAACAACUGAAGUCUGAGAGAAAAGCAAUCUACGAGAAGCUCGAAUCUCAACGAAAAGGCAGCGCUUCCAAGCUGCAUGCCCAAGAGGACAAAUACAAGGCUAUUGUCAAGAGACACCAGAAGUUCAUCGAACAGUUGAUUGCUGAGAAAACUGAGCUAACUGAGAAAUGCAACUCUCUGGCACAGAGGGUGAAGGAUAUCGAAGUGAAAAUGCAAAGGGAUCUGAAAGCAGCAGCUGACAGACACUCUGUAGAACUGCAGAGGGCCAAGGAGCACUUUGCUGCUGCUGAGAAGAUCAAGAGGGAGAGGUGGAUUGAAGCCAGGACCAGCAAGAUCAAGGAGAUGACUGUGAAGGGACUGGAGCCAGAACUAAGGAGCAUGAUGGAGCAACACACUGAGGAGAUUCAGGGGUUGAGAAACGCCCAUAUGAAGGAGUUACAGGAUGUGGAACUGCGUGUAAUUCGUAGGUCCAAUCAGCAGCUGGAGCAGCUGCGGCUGGAACUGACUGCUAGCCACGAGAGGAUGGUAGCUAACGAGAAGAAUAUCUUGUGGACCAGGUACAAAGACAAGCUAGGAGAACAAGAGAGUCAGUUCAAGGAUCAGCGAGUGAAGCUGAUGGAAGAGCUGCAGGCAGAGCGGGAAAAAUCCAGCAAGAAUCAAGCUAAACAGAAUGCUGAGUGGGAGACCAAGUUGCAGGAGCAGUACCAGCUGUACCAGAGAGAACUGCAGGCUCUGAAGCAACAGCAUUUGAACGAGAAGAAGGUUCUUCAGGAGUCUUUGAAGUCGGAAUGGGAAGCUUGGAUCGCUGACUAUAAAAGGCAACAGACUUUAAAGAUCGAAAGGUCUGAGAGUAGCAUAAGAGCCGAGUGCAACAGAGAAAGGGAUCGACAAAUCGAACUAGUUAUUGAACGCCUUGAAAAAGAUUCUCGGGAGGCGAAAGUGACUCUUCAACAACAGUUUGACUGUAAGCUCAGGUCUUUCAGAGAGAAGUUCAACAUGGAUUUACAAACUGCAAUGGACAACGAGCAGUUGCAUAAAAUGCAGCUGAUGCAGGCCAGGGAUAAGUUAGACAGAACCGAAGUUUUAUUGCAGAACACUAACAGGAAGCUGCAGGAGUGUACGAACGAGCUGAAAAGGGUAAACGAAACAGUGAAAAGAUUAAGCUUAGAGAGAGAUGAUGCCAAAAGAUUGGUCAGGCAGGAAAUAGAGGGUGAGAAGAGAGAUCUAGAAGGAAAGAUUGCGUCGCUUUACCAAGAGAUCGCUCUGAUCAACGCGAACAGGGACGCUUCCCUGGCUCAAUUACACAGCAGAAUUAAAUUGAUAAUGACUCGGAAAGUCUUGACGAUAAAGAAUCUCACCAGAGAGCUUGGCGACGUUAAAUCAAAGUGCGAGCACUUGGAAAACUUACUGGAUCAACAACGAAGAGAAUAUAUUUUAAAAAGUUUAUGAACUACCACUUAUUAGUAAUUAUGCGCUUUAUCUUUUUUUUU